CUGCUCCACCAAUCACAAAGCAAGUGAAACGUAGGUUAUGAAUUUUUGACAAAGAACAAUAUGACGGUAGAUAAUGGCAGUGGUGCAGAGAAUAAAGAUAAAUAUUCAAUUCUUUUGCCUACUUACAAUGAGCAUGACAAUCUACCAAUUAUCGUUUGGUUGAUAGUGAAUUAUAUGGACAAAAGUGAUUAUGACUAUGAAAUAAUCAUUAUUGAUGAUGGGAGCCCAGAUGGAACACUGGAAGUUGGAAAGCAACUUCAAAAAAUCUAUGGCGGUGAGAAAAUUGUCCUACGCCCCAGAGAAAAGAAGCUUGGUCUGGGAACAGCUUACAUUCAUGGCAUCAAACAUGCAAUUGGAAAUUUCAUUCUAAUAAUGGAUGCAGAUCUCUCACAUCAUCCAAAAUUUAUCCCAGAAUUUAUCAAAAAGCAGAAAUCUGGGAACUUUGAUGUCGUUUCUGGAACACGGUACAUUGGUUCAGGUGGAGUAUUUGGCUGGGAUUUAAAGCGAAAACUGGUCAGCCGUGGAGCAAACUUCUUAACACAGCUGUUAUUGCGACCUGGAGCUUCAGAUCUCACAGGCAGUUUCAGGCUGUACAAGAAGGAUGUGCUGCAAAAGUUAAUUGAAACGUGUGUUUCCAAAGGUUAUGUCUUCCAAAUGGAAAUGAUAAUUCGAGCACGGCAACAUGGAUACACCAUUGGCGAGGUACCAAUAACCUUUGUUGAUAGAGUUUAUGGGGAGUCAAAAUUAGGAGGUUCAGAGAUACUCCAGUUUGCAAGAGGUCUUCUCUAUCUGUUUGCAACAACAUAAUUGUAAAAUUAUGUGCAAAAUAUUCAGAGCUGUAUAUUUUAAAUAAUUAUAAGUAAUGUAUAUUUA